AUGACUUUAACUUUGCCUUGCUGUACGAUUGGUCAACAGCCUUUGGCUAAGCCAAAAAUUGUCAUUGAUGAAGAAGGCAAAAGGGUAAUUUGCAUUGCUAAAAUUGAUGCCAAUAUCAUACAACGAGCCAUGAUUAGGCACUCGUGCUACUGGAGUCUGAUACCAAUUUAUGGCUGUUUUGGAUUGCAACCUUUGCGUGCCAUAUGUUGGGCAUCUAAUGAGAGUCGGUUACAAGCGGAAGCCAUCCAUUUAAUCCUUUAUGAAAGCUACCUACAAUUAGACGUGGAUAGCUAUCCUAUGUUUUGUACUUGCAGUGGAUCCGGACCACCUCCAGAUCCUUACAAUGAAUUUACAUUUUGUUCAAUCUUGCCAGCUACAUCAACUGCGAUUGACUUGAGUGAUAUUAAAGAUAUCAAAAUAGAAAGCUUUAUGGGUUGCCAAAGGUUACAUAUUGUUGGCCACGUUAAUGAAGAGCGUGUUUCUAUCAUUGUGCUAGGAAUUGAAAACCUUAAUGAAUUUACACAAUUAUUAGAAAUUUAUACGGUCAAAUGUAAAGAUAGAAACAAUUCUAUGACCAAUGGCAACAAUAAUAGCCAAAAUAAUCAUCGUAUUACAAAAAGUUAUACCGUCGAAAGUUGCUUAAAUGGUUAUCAUUCUUCAUCACGAGGUUCUCUAGCGGUCAAUACUAGCAUAACAGUUGGGCUGGAAAAUCCUUUACGAGUUGUAAAAGAAAAUGAAUUUAAGGAAAAGCCUAGUACUAGCGAGAUAUCACCAAUUGCUUUAUGA